UUCCCGUAGAAAUGUCAGAAAAGGAAUUUGGCGCAAUGGAAUCAGCCAGUACUAUCACAGAAGCAGUUCAGAAUCAAAAUGUGCAUGAACUGUAUAUGUUGGUAGAUAAGGGUGGGUAUGACUUGAACAAGAGGGAUAAAAUGGGAAGAACUGUGUUAUUCUUUGCUGCCUGUCGAGGAAAUUCGGAAAUCACUAGGAUAUUAUUAGAAAACGGAGCUGACGCGAGAAUCGUAGAUAGGAAUGGGAAUACUCCUCUGCAUUGGAGUGGUCAUUGUGAGAUUAUUGACCUAAUUGUUAGUUAUGGUGGUGAUGUGUUUGCAAGGAAUAAAGCAGGAUUGUUACCCAGACAUAUGGCAGCAAGAAGAGGGGUCUCAAAAGAUGUCAUUCAGUUUUUUCAGCGAUUAGAAAAGUCAAGAAAUGAGGAGAAAAAAGAGAGUUUGUCUGUUAUUGUGACUUCCUUUAAAGAAAUCCAUGAGGAGCUGGGACCAAGGUACACAAUUCUGUUCAUUCUUGGACUCCUUUUCAUUGUUCUUUACAUCACCAUUACUAUUACAGGUAUAUCCAGACAUUUUGAGACAAGGAAUCCAAUCAUUGUGGAGACUCAGAGUAUUAAACUUUAAUUAGAGAAUGAGAUGUCAUUUCCUUGAAAACUUAUAAUUUUUAUGUUGUAUGCUGCUAAUGAUGUUAUAAUUUUUGCAAAGAUUCUUUAAAAAAAGUUCUUUAUGAUCAUAUCCAGUACAAUAAAGAAUUGCUGUAUUACCAAAGUAAUCAAUGACAAUUACAGACAGUUAAAAUGAUAUCUUCGUCGUGUAGUUAAUGUAUUAUGAUGCUUUGAUUAACCAGAUUUUUUGCUUCUUUUAUUAUAAUGUAUUCAUUCAUAAGAUGUUAUAUUAAUUUAAUAAAAGCAUACUAGUA